CUACCGCGAGAAUAAACUGUACAUCGGCCGUAGAUCAUCGCGAGACUAUCAUCCAGUCCGUUGCCUGAAUCCAGUUGGUAACCUUCCUCUGACGGUUCUGUUGCAGUUGAGGUGAGUGCUGCAAGUCAUUAUGGGAAACAUCUUUGGGAACCUGUUGAAGAGCUUGAUAGGAAAGAAGGAGAUGAGGAUUCUCAUGGUGGGGUUGGAUGCUGCUGGAAAAACCACAAUCCUCUACAAGCUGAAGCUGGGGGAGAUCGUCACCACCAUCCCCACAAUCGGCUUUAAUGUAGAGACAGUGGAGUACAAGAAUAUCAGCUUCACAGUGUGGGACGUGGGUGGCCAGGACAAGAUCCGUCCUCUGUGGAGGCACUACUUCCAGAACACCCAGGGUUUGAUCUUUGUGGUGGACAGCAAUGACCGUGAACGGGUGAAUGAAGCUCGGGAGGAGCUGAUGAGGAUGCUGGCUGAAGAUGAGCUGCGGGAUGCUGUUCUUCUUGUUUUUGCCAACAAACAGGACCUGCCCAAUGCUAUGAACGCUGCAGAGAUCACAGACAAGCUGGGCCUACACUCCCUGCGCCACCGCAACUGGUACAUCCAGGCCACCUGUGCCACCAGUGGUGACGGUCUUUAUGAGGGCUUGGACUGGCUGGCCAAUCAGCUGAAGAACAAAAAGUGAAGGGUCUGGUUAGUAAAGUGGGGAAGAGCCUGGGUGCCAGGUCCAGGUAGUGGUUAUAGGGGAUCCAUUGUGUUUACAUGGAGAGGCAGUGCUGAAAAGCUCCCAGGGGGUGACUCUCAAUGGCAUUUUCCCCCCAGGUUUAUUUAUUUAUUUACAGUAUUUUAAACUUUGAUUAAUUUAUUUUGUUUGGGUCUGUAGUGCGUUUUUAAUUAUUUACAAAUUGUGUCAAAUUUGACCUAAAUGGCUCAUAUUCUAUAAGGUGAAUAUAUAAAUAUAGGGAUUUACUAGUACAGUUUUCCUGUAAAGGCAUAUGUAUUUACCAUUCUUUGCCAUCUAAGACCUUUGACCUUUGUCAACUUUAAUUUAUUCUAAAAGUGAUACAUUUUGAGUCAUGAUGGUAAAGCAGCCUUUUCUCAGAUACUUUAUGUAAAUUCUAACAAAUAGGUAUAAUAGUAUAGUGGGAGUACGCUUACUAUCUCAGAAUACAAUCAUAUCUAAAAAUCAUAUAGUCAGACUCAGAAAAAUGUAAAGUUGCCGCUUCCUGUCCAUAUAGAUGUUUUACUGUCACCAUAUUAUGUACUUAAGAGCUCAGUUUGUAUUAAAUUUUUUAAAACUACAUUAAUUUAGAAUUCU